AUGUGCUUGCUUUUGAGAAAAUCAGAACUCUUCAGAUUAGUACUAGGAAUAAUUACCAUGUUUAUUUUAUGUUUGCCUGAAUUUUUUAAAAUCCAUGAAGCUAACACUGUAAUUGUGUCAUGCGUGGAUACCUGUUCAUCAGAUAACACCACUUUUCCACUUUGUACUUUUAACAAUUCUUGCAAAAGAUCAUGGCAACAAAGAAGAGAAAACCAGACUAUUUUACUGAAGGCCAUUGUAAACCAUUCCAAUUUCCAAAAUAUUCCAUGUAUUUGCCAGUCCUCCAGCAGGGAACAACAGUCCCAUACUAAACACACAGAGUGUGAAUCCAAGAGAGAUGUGAAUGCUGAUCAAGGACCAGGGUCAGUGGCUAAAAAAAUUCCAAAAGCAAAAGGCUCACUUGAAGUGAAAACAAAAGAUGUUAUUUAUUUUUAUAAAUAUUUAAAUUUCACUACGGUUUCCAAGAAAGAAGAAGUAGAGCAUAAUACUUACUACCUGCUGGAAAUCCACAUCAGCAAUUCUAUAGUUGGAGGAAGAAAUGCAGCCAAAGAAUACCUAAAUCAUUCCUGUAUGGUGGCAAUGAUGGAAGACCAAAAUGACUGUAUAAAUAUUUCACUGCAACUGAAGUCUUACGUGGAAUAUCCAAUGUGUAUGACGAAGAUCAUCUGGCUCACUAUGAUUCCAGUAGUUUUUGUGUUUACUAUUUCAGUCGUCAUCUACAAAAUAGUCCAAGAACAUGAACAAAACUAUUGUAAACACAGAGUAGCAGCAGUUUCUACUAUUUUAAGAAGAAAGAGUUCUAGACAUGCAAGAAGAACCAUAUCUGCUACUAAAAUUCAUCCUUUUCCUGGGAAAACCAGCAAACAAAAGAUUCCACUUACUGCACAGACCACAAAGAUACUGCCCAUAAUUCCUGAACAAGAGCAUUUUCAUGUGGGUGCAUCAACUGUAGAAGAUGAAAAGACAGAAACAAGAAGCUGGACUGAUAGCAAGAAAUGUGGGAGAGCAGACCAGAAGGAUAAAUACUGA